AUGAAAAUAAUUAUUCAAUUUUUCUUUCCUUUCUUUUAUUUAUUAUUACUUCUUGAUCUUGACCUCGAUUUUUUUUUCGGAGACCUUUUCCUAGAGCUUUUAGAAGAAACAGAUGCUUCCUCUUCCGAGUUCUCUGAAGAUGACGAACUUUCCGAAGAAGAUGAGCUUCCCGAAGAAGAAGAACUUGCUUCUUCAUCAUCCGAAGAAGAUGGUGUAACAAUAAUUAUAUAUUGA